AUGCCUUCAGGGAGUCAAGCCAAGCUUACCACCGCUCCUAAGGCGCGCCGCACAGCUGGGCUUCACGGCGGUGUGACCUGCCGUCCCGCCGAUACUAUUGUCUUCGCAGGUGGCCAGAAAUUGGAAAGGAGACAUGCGCCAGGGAAAAAUGAAUCGGAGUACCUGUUGCUUUGCCAGAAGUAUCUCGUUUGCGUCCAGUUUAGCAAUUUCCUCGACUGUGCAGAAAAGGAACUCGGCAAGGACUUUCAUGCCUAG